AUGCCGGCACGGACGGAGCAGGAGGCGGCGCAGCAGCUGGCUGCGGCGCACGGCGGCCGCUUCCUGCGCCAGUGGCAGCCCGACGUCACGCACGUGGUGGUGCGCACCGGCGACCAACGGGAGGCCGGCCGCACGCUCAAGUUCUUACAAGGCGUGGCGGCGCGCGCCUGGCUCGUCUCGUCCGGCUGGGUAGCCGACAGUCUGGCGGCCGGCGCCCUGCUGCCCGAGGAGACGUACGAGGCGAUCGACGCAGCGACCGGCGAGCCAGGCCCGCGCCGCGCGCGCCAGACCGGCGGCGCACUGUUCGCCGACUUCGCCUUCUGCUGCGUCGAACCUUUCCGUGACGUGACGCUGCAGCAGCUGGAGGACCUGAUCAGACAGUCAGGUGGGGCGGUGGCGGCGAGCCCGGAGGAGCUGUCGGCGGCGCCUGCCCGCCGCGUGCGCCUGCUGGUGGCCCAGGAGGAGUGCGAGCACGACUUCGCCGGCUGGCGCCGCCGCCACGGCGUGCCCAGCGUGUCCUACGAGUGGCUCAUCGACUGCGUGGCCACGCAGCGGCUCUGGAGCUUGCUGGACAAUACGCUGUGCGGCGCCACCGUCGACGAGCUGCGCCGCGCCGGCGUGCCCGAGCCGCUCUGUCAGGCCGAGACGCAGGAGACCGAGUACUUCGACUCGAUGGGCCUGUAGGCGGCGCUGGUGCGGCCGCUCGAGGGCGACGGCGGCGGCGGCGGCCCGGCGCGGCCCGACCUGUCCAGGGCCGGGCCGGUCACACGCCCAGCUGGACGGCUUAGUACGCCGCUCGCCAGGGGCCUGGGGUCGUCGAGCAAGGCCGGCGUCGCGCCCAGGACAGUGCCACGCCGGGACCACGUGGAGGGCUCAGCUGACGCCGCCUCUUACUGAAGAGCGCGGCCCCGUGGGUGGGUAGCGUGUACGGCUGCAUUGCGGCCUCGCUGCCGCUGGCGAUCAUUGGAGGACCACUUGGCUGCCUGUGUGCAGGGGCCGUCCGGACAUCAGUGCGUGUAAGCUAACUGCACACAGUAGGUCAGCAAGGUGGGUCACUGUUGGCCGCUGAUGGUGAUUUUCGCAUGUGUGUCACCCCAAGUGCUCGUCUCCACUUUCUGGAGUCAUCCGCUGAAACGCUUUUCGUUUUGCAGGUUUGACGUUAUAAGGCAGGGCGUGACGUGGUGCAAUGCCAUGAGGUUGCCUUCACCACGGUUUAUUUUCACAAUUAUGAGGAAAUAAUACGUAGCGCCAGAGUUCUGAUGGCAGCCAGUGGUUAUCGACGAUAUGGACCCACAACUUACGCGAAGAGAUUAUACAGGGGCCUCACAUAUGCGCCAGGUGGCGGCCCGCUGCGAAGUGGACUGGCGUGGCGUCUGAUCGGUUCUCGUUGAUAGUGGCAUGGUAAUUCCUCUGUCAGCAACCGUUUGUACUUCGUUUCCUUUCCGCUGGCGUGGGACGCACGGCGCCGCGGUAUCCGGUGCGCUUCUCCGCAUCUCUGACGUCGCGUCCGGCCUGAUCCUGCCGGACCACGCUCGGGACCGUGUUCCGCAGAGCUGGGUGGCAGUGCCGCCCCGGCCCCGGGCGCGGCGCCGGCCAGCUGCCGCACCUGCACACUCGGCCUCCAGGCUCCGUCCCGCCGUGGCGCGUGUGUUUGUUUCU